AUCUUAUCAGUAAAUUUGACAUUAGGCAGCAAAACAAUUUUUUUACACUUUUUGCUGUAAUGUUUUUGUAUGUUUUUUACUGUAUUUAAUAGCUGCAAAGUGAUAUAGUAUUGUAAUAACAUUAUAACUGCCAUUUCAAGUUCAAUGAAACGAACUUAUGAACUCGAAAUACAAAAAACAACAUAAGGAUAAUGUGAGGUUAAGGAUAAAUUCGCAAAACUAGUUUGUUAAGUAAUUAAUAAAAAAUUAUGAAGGUCAUGAUAAAUGCGAGCCACAUUCCAAAUCAUAUGUUGUUCGGCGCUCAUUUGUCAUGCGUUGGCAGUGGAAGUUCAUAAAUGCAUGAAAACCGAUCUAUUUUCUUACAUAAAGGAAGACCAACCGUAUUGUAGAAGAUAUGAGAGCCCUGAGCUAAUUACAAAUAAUUGGAAACCUACUUUGUUACAAGAGAGGUACAAUAAGUUAAAAAUGGCCAGCAGUUCAGGAUCAAAUGGAUUUUAUCGGCCGCGGAGUGCGCUUGCACGAGCUUUAUAUGAGAAGCAGAGUAAUGAUAGACUUCUUCAGGAGUUUGACCAAAACGAGUGGUACCGCGUGAACCAGGAUCGGUUGAGUCCCGAACUGCACAAGAAGUUUGUUCAGCUCCAUCCUGAUGAAGAGACGAAAGUGUUUUUGUCGAACUCUAUCGACAAGUCGUCGUGGGUUUGGACCCAGAUUUGGUAUCUGCUGGCCAAGGCAGUUCUGAAGCACUUUUGGUCGAUCACCGACAUAAAUGGGUGGCUGGGGCGCGGCUCAAUGUUCGUGCUAUCAGAGGCGCAGGUGCGUCAACUCCUGCAGAACAGUCCGCGCAAGCCGAACGACACGCGGCUGGGCGCGCUGGUGGACGUGGGCGCGGGCGACGGCGAGGUGAGCCGCCGGUUCGCGAACCUCUACUCAAUCAACUACGCCACUGAGAUCUCCGCCAGCAUGCAGAAGACACUCGCCAAGAAGGGAUACACAUUAUUAGACACGGACGACUGGUGGCGUGAGCAGCAGUUCGACUGCGUGUGCAUGAUGAACCUGCUGGACCGCUGCAGCAAGCCGGUCACCAUGCUCAAGCAGGCGCACUCCGCGAUCGCUCCCGGCGGCGUGCUGGUCAUAGCGCUCGUGCUGCCGUACAAGCCUUAUGUGGAAGUAACAGCCGACCACAAGCCGGAGGAGCGGCUGCCGAUCUCGGGCAUGACGUUCGAGGAGCAAGUGACGUCGUUCGUGAAGUUCAUGCGGUCGCUCGGCUUCGAGUUGUCGUCGUGGGCGCGCGCGCCGUACCUCUGCGAGGGAGACUUCGCGCAGGCGUACUACUGGCUCGACGACUCCGUGUACGUGUUCGAGCCGGCCGCCGCCGCGCCGGACACGUGAAGUGUUCUCGAGAUUCAUUAGUAGGGGACGUGAUCAGUAUAGUGAGAUAUUGCAUUUUCAGUUAAGGUGUUAUAUAAGAUUUUUUUAUAUUAUCAAUAGACAAUUGAAAUUAUGUAUUUUUGGCGAAUAACAUUAGAAAUUUGUUACAUUUAUAUUCAAAAUUUUUGCGUAUAUUAUUACAGUUGUACUGAGAGUGCAAUAUAUCGCACAAUUAGCAUUUUCUCUGUUGCCAUUGCAGGCGUUGGUCGUAGGUUUUAAACUAUUCGAAAUAUUUUUAAUAAGCAAUAAAUACAUCGCAUUACUCCCUAUAAAUAACACAAAUUCAUUCAUUUUUAUAUUACCGUGCCGUUCAUGUAAGUACAUUUUUGUAAUUUUAUACGAUACAUUAAAAUAUUUAUCAUUUAAUCAAUAGCAACACUAGGUUAAAACUAUCGCAUAUUCCAAAAUUAUUUUCUACAAUUCAUGCGUCGUUUAAAUGUAUCUCUCAUAUGUUCAUUCUAAAAUCAGCUAACAAUGGUUAGUGUUACAUUCCUAGAUAUUUAGUGUAGUUCAUUCUUAUUCAAUUAUAGUGUGUAGGUAAAAAUAUACGUAGUAAAUUACACUAACGCUCGUCUACCUCGGUGAAGCAAACGAAAACGGACGUCUAUACUUCAUAUUUAAUGAUUCUGAAAUGCGUGCAAUAUUUAUAAAUUAUUAUACAGUCAGCUCUAAAUUAAUGUAUACGUUGUCCAAAAUGUUUCAUAGAUUUGAUCUUUAUUCGUGUAUAAUUUUGGCACUGAGUGUACGUUACUCUGAAAUUAGGAUCUGGACUACGUAUGUCACAGUAAAUCUGCUUUCAACGCUUAGAUCUCAUCUCGCACUUUGUGAAUAAAUAUGGUAUAUACCUUAAUGUAUGUUUCCCUAGUAUUGAAACAUGAUAAAUAUAUCGAAAUGAAUUAUUUUUCAGAUUUUAUUACGGCUUUUUAUAUUAUACUUUUCUCUCGAAGUUUCGAAGAUUGCAUCGUUUAUGUCUUCGAAACGUUGGGGAAAAAUUAUAACAUAGAAAACUGCGAUAAAAUCAGAAAAAAAAAUAUUUCGAUGUCUAACAUUCGCGUAAACGUAAGAAAUUAACUAAACAUCAUAAAGAUGUUGUUAAACAAAGCAUAGUGAAAAACGUACAGUAUAAAAUAAUUAUGUACUUACUUAUAACUAAAAGUAUGAGAUACUAAAAACAAAAAUAACGAAGCCACAAACGUUAUUUACGUUUGCAAGUAAAACUAAGGCUGUUGACACGAAUUUCAUAAAUUUGGAAAGAAAAACAUGAUAUUUAAUCAUAUUUAAAAAUAUAAUAUACAUUUUUAAUAUAUAAAUGUUUUUAUCGUAUUUAUCUAUUUAUGUGGUUACUCGUUUACCUAGCUAAGUAUUCAUUAUAGAUUACAUUGAAUAAAACGCACAUUUUAGACAUCGAAUGGAUGUUUUAUAUGUCGUGGUAGUGUAGAUGUAAAUGACACUUAUAUUCAUUAUUACAAGGUCGAUUUUCUACUUUUUCUACGUAAAUAACUUCACCCAUUUAUUGUUACAACUUGGAUAUUAUAUGUGUAAAAAAUGGCUAGUAUAAAAUAUAGUGUGCCAAAAUAGGUCACACUCAAUGGAAUUUGUAUUCGUCCAUAAAUGUGUAGAUUGUGACAUUCCAGUUUUUAUGUUCCUUUAAUUACCGUUUUAUAUCUAUUGUAAUGUGCAAAAUAUAUAAAGAAAAAUA